AUGAAAUAUCCAAAUAUUCUGACGACUAAAUCCUUUGAAUCAAGCCCGCCCCCAAGAAACCCCUUAUUUAAAACAGAUCAAUAUAUCUGUGGAAAUUCCGUGUGGAUGAACCCAAUAGAUGAAAAGUGCCAUUCUGUAGAAUCCAUCAACAUUUUAAAUAACAUACGAUGUAAUAUUUGGAAAAUAACUUGA